GUAUUUUCACAACAUUAUUGUGUGAUUCUCUGCACUAGGCGCCCUGGCGCGCCGACUGCCAGAAGACGAUGCACUCCUCAGGGUGAGUCCGGCUCUCUGUCCUGGGAACCCACACUGUCACACUCAAGUUGUACUUUGGUUCUGACUCCCCACUUCACGUUUCCGGUCGACCCUCUGCCGCGCGCUCCCCGGCACGGCUCUGUCAUCCCCGGGCUCGUCCCGAGAGCGCUCGCGCGGUCGUUGUCAUGGAGACGGUGGGAGCGUCGUGAUUCACAGUCACGGUAGCAGGCCGACGGAGCGGUCGUUGUCAAGUUCUUGCUCCCAUAUUCCCAACGUUUCUCUCCCCCCACCUCAGCAGUGAAAUGAUGGCGUGUUUAAUUCCAUUCCGUUAGUCUCUCUGGAGAAACUGCCGCGGGUCGCUCUGCAACUUGGUUACUCGUCAGCAACUUUGAGACGUUGGAACGUGGGCCUUCUGGAAACCUGAAGUCCAGAGAAAAGACACUUUAUUUCUUCCGCAGGAAUUCAACAAUGGCAGAAUUUUCAGGCACGGUUUACAAUGUCUGUCAUUGAAAAGCAGUAUUCAACAGGAGCACAACCCGAUAUGCCUGAGCAGCUGCUAAACUGUGAUUUACCACAGAGUAGACAAUUUCAGAGACCAAGCACCAGGGUACGAACAAGGCAAGACCACAUAGCAGAAGCAAAACGUUUAGAAGCAUGGAGUAAGAGUUUGAAAGUCAGUAAACAAGACAUUAAUGAUUUCAGGAAUUCAUAUAGACACAACAUCUGCUUAGACAUGCUGCGGCAAGGUUAUCACAAGUCUUUUUCAGAGUUUACUACUCUAAUCUUGCACUGGAAUGCUGCAAGGGAGGCUGCAGGCCCUGGGUCAGACAUGUGGAUUGAAGAACCAUUGGAUAAGCAGCGUAAUAAACUGGAUCAACUUCAAUAUUUCUUAACUAGGGCUGAGGCAGCCCAAAGAGCAGGUCUGUUUGAGGAAGUCUAUAAUAAUCAACUAUCACUGGCAUGUUACUUUAAAAAAGUUGGUGACAAACUACUUUCAGAUUACUUCUUUGAAUCGUGCCUUUCCACCAGUGAAAUGAUUAUGCCAUUAGGAGGACAGAAAAUGGCAGAAGCCAAUGCAAACAUGGGUACAGCAUAUGAGGAGAAAGGUCAGCUGGAUAAGGCUGCUGAGCAUUAUGAGAUAUUCCAUCAACUCACUACAGGGAAGACGUGGCAGGAUGAGAAUUGCUGUCUCCACUUUGCACAUGCAUGUAAAAAUCUCUGGAGGAUUUACACAUCACUGGCAGACGAAAAGCUUGAAAAUGAACAAUACAAAGAAGCAAAAAGAUUUCUCGGAAAAGCUUAUGACAUUGCCAAAGAAGGGGGCGAUAGAAAGAUGGAACUAGCAGCCUUAUAUCGAGUGGCUUUAGGUUAUCUUAGUACUGGAGAACCAGACACAGCAAUAGCUUACUUACAAACAUAUUUGGAGCUGUCUAGUUCUAUGGAUGAUGAUGUUGGCUUAGGCAAAGCCUAUGAAGCUCUGGCCAUGGCCUUAGUAAGCACGGGAAACUAUUCUGAAGCUCUCGAAUAUUUGAAAACAUUUCUGGGCCUGGCUGAGAAAAGUGGUGAUAAAUGGAGUCUGGUGGAUGCGUGCAAAUUCCUUGGCAUUAUGUAUAAUAAUUUGGGUCAAUACAAUGUAGCCUGCGAUUACAUUUGGCGAGGAUACGAGAUUGCAAUGACCUUGGGUGAUCUACGUUUAGUAGAGAUAAUGCAGGUUCACUUCGGCAUCUAUAAGGCUCAUACAAUGAUGACCACAUAUUGUCAUUGUGUUGAAGCUGCUGGACACCUGGAUCUUGAGCGUUUGGUGACAUGGAAGGAUAGCAGAGUAGACAUGUUCACUGACUCCAGUAUGGAAGCAGGUGGAGCCAGUUUGCUAUAAAAAAAAAUGUCCUGGUGCCAUCACAGUAAAAAGCUGGAUAAAAUGACGGUUAGUCUCUGCUAAUAAUCUCAAUUGUGAUUGGUCUGGUUCACUAUCUAUGCACGCUGCAUGCACUAUUCCCACAGUUGCACUGCUGUGACCAUAUCACAAGGGGAGCUAUCUGUGGGUGGUUACGAGCUUCAGGCAGCAGAUCAACUGUCUUUAAAGUGCUUCUGAUGACAUUUUAAAGUAUUUAAAUAACUGACAGCAUUAAGAUUACUGAAAAAACUGUUUACAUAAAAAUACCUUUGUGCACUAGAAAAUUAGAUACAUUUAAAUUUUGAAAGAUAAGGCAAUAAAACACACAUCUCCAGUUAUCUUUUCAAUCAAGGUUGCAAUGAAUGUGGUCACAUUACAUUCACUAGCCAUCCCUGCAAGAAAGUGCAGAGGUGCGUUAGAUCUCCAGACCUGAGACAUAUGUUUUCCCGGGCUAGACUGGAAUGCUAAAACAAGCAGAGGAGCAAUAGAUCAGAUGCAUCAGCAUGUGACCUUAAACUCAUUCCUGACCUCUGCAUGGCAAUGCAUAGCCACAUUAAUCAGAAUAGAACUAACACACACUGUGGCAAGAUGGCAGUUCUUUACAGAGCAGAAGACCAGCACAAGACAGCCCAUUGUGAUCUGUUUUAGUCAGUGUGUGGAUGCUGGUUUGGUAAACAAGCUCAAAUGAAAUAUUCAAUAAAACAAACAAAAAAUGAUUAUGUCAACUUUAUUCUAUAUUAACAAGGAUAAUAUUCUAAUUGUUUGUAUGCUUUAGUAUAAUGAAAUGUAUUUUACAAAAUUGGAAAUAUAUUUUGAUAUGUAUUGUUUAAUAUUAUAUUAAAUAUUAUAUCUAAAGUUAGAGUAUAUCACAAAUUUCAUGCUUCAUUGUGUUACUGGCCACAAAGAAAGCUUGAUUUGUUGUUAGAGCAGCAUAAUGUUAUUUGAAUUCUACUGUAUGUUGCUGCCUUAUAGCAUUAAUAGUUCUGGUGAUAAUGUGGAAGCAAGGGAUUAAUCUAUUAAUGUAAUAUUUUAAAUGUAUAAAUUUAUAUAUUGUUUUCAUAUCUAAUUUAUGAUUUGUGGUUAAGAAGAAUAAUUACAAAUUUAUUAUUUGUCUUAUUCAUUGAUGUAAGGUUUUUGAAGGAUUUUGUAUUAAGA